AUGGCGCCCUCUAAACAGAAGGGCCAGAAGAUGUCCAUUGGCAACUUCUUGGCCGAUGAGAGCCUUGGCUCUUGGGCUGAUGAGAUGGAGGAUAUGCCCCUCCCAUCUGCCCCCGCCAUGACCUCCAGCUUCGGCGGCCGCCCUGCCGGUGGCAUGGGUUACGGCAGCAGCAACAGCUUUGGCGCCCCUCCCUUCGAGCGCGAGACCCGUGGAGGAUAUGCCGUUCGCGAACCGCUCGCCCUUCCUACCGAGCCCCCGUUCACUGCUCACGUUGGCAACCUCUCUUUCGAAGCGACUGCUGAUGAUAUUUCCGAGCUUUUCGCUGGCUGCGGUGUGACUAACGUUCGCAUUGUCGAGGACAAGAUGACCAAGGCCCCCAAGGGCUUUGGUUACGUUGAGUUUGAGUCCGUUGACGGUCUUCAGAAGGCUCUGGAUCUCUCUGGUACUACUCUGCAGGGCCGUACUAUCCGCACCAGCGUUGCCGAGCCCCCCAAGGAAUCGCGCCCCGAUAUGCGUGAUCUCGACUGGACCCGCCGUGGACCUCUCCCUGGACCCCCCGAGCGCCGCAUCCCUGAGCGUUCUAGCUAUGGCCGUAACAUGGACGCCGCUUCAGAUGCCGGUAGCGAGCGUGGUGGCCGCCGCAGCAACUUUGAGUCAGAUGUGGUCCAGCCCGCGACCCUGCUCGUGACCCCCCCUCGUGAGGGUGGCCGUGGCCGUGACAAUGAAGGAGGAUCUAGCUUCCGAAGAAGCUCCCCUGCUUGGGGUGAGGGACGCUCUCAAGAUGAUGGCUCCCGUCCCCCGGCCCCUCGCCCUGAGCGCACCCCCACUGCCGCCGAUAUGGACAACCAGUGGCGCACUAAGAUGCGCCCUGAUCAGGGACCUAAGGAGCCUAGCAACCCUACCUCUCCCAUUGCCCCUGCUGCGCGCCCCAAGCUGAACCUGGCCAAGCGUACCGUUUCGGAAGCUGCCCCCGCCGCCGCUGCCGGUGCUGGUGACUCCAAGGCUAGCCCCUUCGGUGCCGCCCGGCCCAUCGAUACUGCUGCUCGUGAGCGUCAGGUUGAGGAGAAGCGCCAGCUUGCUAUCCGCCAAAAGAAGGAAAGUGAUGACAAGGCCAAGGCCGAGAAGGCUGAGAAGCAAAAGAAGGAGGGUCGAGCUCCCGGCACUGAUUCCAACAAGGAGGGUGUUGAGACUCCACGUGGCGGAGCUAACUUUGAGAUCCUCCGGCGGGCCGGUGGUGAAGAGGGUGAUGAGAAGGUUGAGGCAGAUGCAGAGGAGGCUGCCGCCCCUGCCGCUGCUGAGACUGAGACCAAGGAGACAGCUACCAAUGGUGACUGGAGAGCCUCUGAGAAGGCUGAGAAGACCGAGAAGACUGAAGAGGACGACGGUUGGAGCACUGUCAGCACCAACAAGCGCAGCAACCGUCGCGGUGGUCGUGGAUUCUGA